GAUCCCAUUGCAACUGCUGUGUUUCAUGGAACCUUCUCCAAGCCUAUCCAUCCUUUAAAUACUUUCACAACCAUCUCACAACUCAAGGAAAGAAAGAGGUCACUCUUCUAAUUCUUAGCAUUGCUCUCUUGUUUGUUUCCUCAAGUUCCAGGGGUCACUCAAGAACACGAUGAUGAUCACACUCUUCCAAUUUCUCGUCAUUGCGGCACCAAUCUUCCAGGUGAUCACAGCCUCCGACGCCGAUCCCCUCCAGGACUUUUGUGUGGCCGACCUCGCAAAGGACCUCACUCUCAAUGGCUACCCUUGCAAGCGAGCAGCCAACACCACCACUGAGGAUUUCAUCUUCUCGGGCCUUCGAAACUCCGCAAACACCAGCGGCCCAUCGAGAGCCGACGCGGUGUUUGGCUUCGUCCACAGUUAUCCGGGGCUCAACUCUCUCGGCCUCUCCAUAGCCAGGCUCGACUUUGCUCCCGGCGGUCUCAUCCCUCCACACACGCACCCACGAGGCUCAGAGAUCAUCUACGUCGUGGAAGGGAGCUUGUACGCCGGAUUCGUCACCACCCAGAACCAGCUCUUUGCUCGGGUCAUCUCCAAAGGCGACGUGAUGAUCUUCCCGCGGGGUUUGAUCCACUGGCAGCUCAACGUCGGUAACACCACCGCCAUGGCCAUCGUGACGCUGGAUUCGCAGUCACCGGGCUUCCAGCUUAUCGCAAGCUCCAUGUUUGGAUCGGACAUCCUGGACGAGGUGCUCGUCAAGACCUUCUUUAUUGAUGAGAAUGCGGUCCGGCAGCUCAAGGCGACGUUCUCUGGCUCCUCCUAAAUAGUUCAUGGUUUCAUAUAGAAACUUAGCAAAAUAAUAACAAGGAUCUCAACAUAGCCCGAGUGGCACAUUUGGAAAGGUGACGUGAUGAAGUUGGAAUUUGCACCUUCACCACUGCUUCAGCCACCUUUUCCCUCGUGCAAAACAAUUAGGAUAAAGUCUUGCUUGCCCGGUCAACUCAUAGUCAAAAUUGAUUUCCGAAUGAUGCUUUGAAUUCGGUUAAUGAAGCAAGAUGGCGCAGGUAAACAAAACCAUAAUCUUUACAAAGCAUGUUAACCAGGUGCCAUUGUCGAGGACGUGUUCAAGUUUGCCUCUGGGUGGAUGAUGUUUGCCUCAGGGGUGUCAAUCUCUCAAGCUCCUUAUCAUCUGCCAGGAAGCACAAGAACAACUUACUGGGACCAAUGCCAAAAACAAAGGUGUCCACAAAGCUGUGUUUGUGAGGCGUGAAAAUGUGGAAACUUUUAUCCUUUGUAGCCACAGGCGCUGGAAACAAACGCGAAAAAAGCCGUGCUCUCAAACUCCAAGCCAAAAGAGAGGUUGUAUUUCAUCAAAAGUCUAUCUCGACAAAAGCACACAGCCAUGCAAUUUCAAGCGCAAACAAACUAUCAGUAAGUCGAAAAGAAAGAAUGCAAGCAAGCAAGCAGGCUAUUAAACAUGCCUAUACAAAAAUAAAUAAUGCAGGAAAAAUGCUGGGUAGAGAGGUUGAGGGACUCGCUGUGGAAUCGACUUUGCAGCCCGCAGCUCACUUGGCUU